AUGACUAUUGCUGCAUAUGCGUAUGAAACAAAUGAAGCAAGAAGAGCACAUGAACUAGUAAACGAAAACUCAACUUUAACCAUUGAAGGCAAUGAUUUAGUCAUUGACGAUGGAAAAACUAAAAAAGUCAUUGAUUUCGAUACUUUUAACACUUAUGACCCAUUCAUUACAACAAGCAAGGUUCCCAUCAUAAAUGAUGGAACGGUGCAAUAUAUAAAUUCUACAGUAGAUGCCUCAUUAGUGAAAGUAUUAAAUGUUCUCAUUGAAUUGUUAAAGAGCUUUCGAUUUGACGACAACAUUAAAUGCCUAAAGAAUUUAGUCAUGAAUGAGAAACAAAUUCUCGGCGUUGCUGGUAGCAGUAAUGAUGUACACCUUAUGACAUUAGAAUAUUAUAACGAACAUAAAGAUGAACUGAAAGGAGAGAAGGGUGACACCGGACCUCAAGGACCACAAGGAAUACAAGGAAUACAAGGAAUACAAGGACCUCAAGGCGAAAACGGUUUGGAUGGUGAAGAUGGAAAGGAUGGAAAAACUGCUAAAUCAUGGAUAUGGAACCUUAUAAAUACUGGUUUAACAGCUGCUUCAUAUGGAGUUCUUCAAUACCAAAUCGGAAAGAUAUGGGCAGUACUUGGUGAAGAAGUUUUAGAUGACGUUAAAAAUGCUUUGAACUUCAUUUCAAAUGGUUCGGAUACUAUUAAAACUUUAUCUGGUUGGAUGCAAGAAACAAGGAGUCAAAUAGAUACUGUAAGACGUAUAGCAAACAAUGCACGUACGGGAUUGGAUACUUUACGAGAAGCACAAAAUACACUAAAGGAAGCAAAUGAUAUUCUUGGCUCAGUAUCAGACAUGCAUGAAGAUUGGCUUAAAG